AACAUAAAUAUGUACAAUCACAACCAAUACCUCUACGCAAAGGACAGUUUUAUUGUGAAAACAAAGGAUGAGCUGGUGGAGCAUUGGUGCGCAGCCGCAGUACCACCAGGGGAAUCGUCCACUAUGGCUGAGACCCACAGCUUACAGGACCUCCAGCAGCCCGCUGUCUCCUCCAAGGUGUUUGUUCAGAGGGACUACAGCUCAGGAACCAUCUGCAGGUUUCACACCAAGUUCCCCUCUGAACUUGAGCCACGGCUUGAUAAGCAGCAGUUUGAGGAGACCAUCCACACCCUAAACAACCUGUAUGCAGAGGCAGAGAAACUCGGGGGGAAGUCUUAUUUGGAGGGCUGCCUAGCUUGUCUGACUGCCUACACGAUCUUCCUCUGUAUGGAGACACACUAUGAAAAGGUGUUGAAGAAGAUCACCAGGUACAUUAAGGACCAGAAUGAGAAGAUAUAUGCUCCCAGGGGCUUGCUGCUGACUGACCCCAUAGAGAGAGGCCUCAGAGUCAUUGAAAUUACCAUCUUUGAAGACAGAAGUAUUGGUUCUGAAAGAUAAAGAAUUAUUCAGGGGAAAGAAACAGACACUCCUCAUCUGUCUGGCAGCACACAUUCAGACAUCUGCUUCACCUGAAUGGAUGUAUAUAAUUUUAAUCUGAUCCUUUUCUCUGUUAUUUAUAAGUACUCUAUCGUCUGCCUACCCUUUUAAGUUUUGUAAAUGUGUUUUCAAGUCUUUUUGUACAUGUGCCGAUAUAAAUCAUGCCCUAGGUGAUCCAGACCGGUCUUUAUGAAUGGUGCCAAUGUGACUGUAAUAAAUGCAAGUGCAAAUAAUAUAACAUGUGUAUUCGCCAAGAACUGAUUCAGAAAUAGGUUGGGACGGAGUUGUUGUCACAGUCCAUAAACAGCAAUUCUUUUAUGGGCAGUGCUCCACAUUAUUAACAUGCUGGUUGUAGUUUUUGUUGAGGCAGAUGUUUUUUGCAUCUGUGUGUGAGUGUGAUUAUUUUUGGGGCGAGGGUGGAUCAUGUCUUGUGAAACACACAUCGGAAGUUCUGAACUGGAGUUUUUGUGACUUUUUGUGUGGAGCAUGUUUGCUGUUAACACAAAAUAAUAACAUCACUGAGUACAUUUUGAGAUAUGUCUGUCUCUGCCGUGUCAUAGUACAACUGCAAUCAGUUUCCUAAAUCAUGGUCAAUGGUUCUGUCACGUUUCCCAUAAGAUUCAGUAUCUAUAUUGCGAAUGUCCUCUCCCUUUUCAUUAUCACCAAACACCACAGAGACCUUUAAACACUGAAUUCCACAAAUAAUUGCAAAAGUUGGUGUUCGAUACAACUGGUGUACUUUUCUUCCAAAUGUUCUAAAUAAAUAGCCUUUUCCUGAA